AAAGACACGCCAGUCAUCAUCGUCGUCUCUCUCAGCCGCGCUCCCUUUACUCAGUAAAUACAGUCCAUACGAUCUCAAUCACCAUCCUUCUCUUCAUAUUACAGUUGGAAAUAAAACUGGUUUGAUCAAUUACUAUGAGCAGAAGAUACGAUAGCCGCACAACGAUCUUCUCCCCGGAGGGGCGAUUAUACCAGGUCGAAUAUGCCUUGGAGGCUAUUUCUCAUGCUGGAACAUCGAUUGGAAUUCUAGCAAAAGAUGGAAUUGUCUUGGCUGCCGAGCGGAAGGUGACAUCCAAGCUGCUUGAGCAAGACACUUCAGCCGAGAAGCUGUACACGAUCAAUGAGAACAUGAUUUGUGCGGUCGCUGGUCUCAAUUCUGAUGCUAGCAUUCUUGUGAACUACGCUCGUGUAUAUUCCCAAGAUUAUCUGAAACUCUACAACGAAGAGAUACCAUGUGAGGCCUUAGUUCGGAGAGUGUGCGACCUCAAGCAGGGCUACACUCAACAUGGAGGUCUGCGACCGUUUGGUGUCUCUUUCAUAUACGCUGGAUGGGAUCCGAUCUACGACUUUCAACUGUAUCAGUCUAAUCCUUCAGGCAACUACGGUGGAUGGAAAGCUACAUCUGUUGGAGCGAACAAUGCCACGGCUCAGACGCUAUUAAAGCAAGACUAUAAGGAGGACUGCACUCUGCAAGAGGCUGGCGAGCUUGCUAUGAAGGUACUGAGCAAGACCAUGGAUGCCACAACGCUUACGAGCGAGAAGGUUGAAUUUGCGACGGUUGGCAAGGACAAAGAAGGAAAGGUGUACUGCCAUUUAUGGAAGCCAGCUGAGAUUGACGUACUGCUCAAGAAGUUUGGUCUUGCAAAGAAAGUCGAAGACGAAGAUGAUGAGUAAUACUGUACAUCGCUGCACUAAAGACUGAUUUCCUAUCGCAUUUGUUUUAUUUAAACUACAUGACAUGAACUUCAUCCUUUUGAGACGUAGAGAAAGGUAAAUCGAUCUACCAUUCAUAUACUUGCACCAAGAGGCAAGUCCAGGGCCGCUCAAAAGUAGUAUAUCUCGUUUAUAUAAACCUGUAAUAGCAUAUUCGCCCAAAACAUAUU